AGAGGGAGGGAGAGAGAGAGAGAGUUGGGGGGAAAAAAAGAAAUACGAGCCUGAAACAGAGCAGUGGAGGCUUGAGCCUUGAAACUUGGUGGAGGAGACAACAGAAACGUUUCCUUGACCGAAAUACGGUUCCUUUAGCCCUUCACCUUGUUGAGUUUGUAGGAAAAGAACCCUAAAAGGACUCACACCACUUGGGAAUUUAAACUCUCUAGUACAGGUGCCAAGUGUUUCGCAUGUUCGCGAGUAAGCAGGUUAUGGCAUGCUCAGAACCUGUCCGUGGAGAAAGGAUUCCAAUACAAGUCAAAGUUAUUCCCAGGAAGCCACGGAUUCUACUUGCUGCUAGUGGAAGUGUGGCAGCCAUAAAGUUUGGCAAGCUCUGCCAUUGCUUUUCAGAAUGGGCAGAAGUAAGAGCAGUUGCCACACAGGCAUCUUUGCAUUUCAUAGAUAGGGUGUCACUUCCCAAGGAUGUAAUUCUAUAUACUGAAGAGGAUGAAUGGUUUAGUUGGAAUAGAAUUGGCGAUAAUGUGCUUCACAUUGAGCUGCGCCGAUGGGCUGAUAUAAUGGUUAUUGCUCCAUUGUCAGCCAACACACUUGGCAAGAUCGCUGGGGGAUUGUGCGACAAUUUACUAACAUGCAUUGUCCGAGCAUGGGAUUACAGCAAGCCAUUCUUUAUUGCACCUUCCAUGAACACAAUGAUGUGGAAAAAUCCUUUCACAGAACGACUUCUCAUGUCAAUUGAUGAACUCGGGAUUUCUCUCAUCCCGCCUGUCACUAAGAGGCAGGCAUGUGGGGAUUCUGGCAAUGGUGCAAUGGCUGAACCUGCCGAUAUCUACUCAACAGUAAGGAUUUUCUUCGAGUCAAAGAUUCGACAGGAUGGCAGUAAUAUUCAGCAACUAGCGUUGUAAAGCAGCAAUUUAGUGAUCUUUUAAGAGCAAGAGCAAAAGAAGGUGGCUUUUUUAGGGGCGAUGGAAGAGGUUGGUUGACGUGCAUAACAGGCUAGUUUGGUUGUGAUCAUUUUGUCUUUUAUUGGGUGGGUUUUUGUUUUUACAUAUAUUGGUUCUGUCUUUCUAUCAUACGGUAUGUACAUCUAGAAAAAGAGUUGAUUUGAGCUGCAUGUUGCAAAUGGUACGCAUGCACCUCUAUU